AUUUGUUUUCACAUUGAAUUCAUAGUUCCAACAAAUGUUAUGUGAUUUUUUUUUGUGUGCUAUUUUUAUACUCUACCUCUGAUGUUGAAGCUGAGAAACCAUUUACUGCUGUUGGGUCACUUACUGUAUGUUAUCAUCCUGCCAAGUAGAGUCCUUUUUUUUUGUGUACAGUUUGUCCUUUCAUUUUAUUUUUUUAAUGUAUUUUGUUAUUGCAUUCUAUUCAAACUUAACUAUACUUCAAAGGCAAAUAUACAGUUAUGUUUACUAAAUAUUUUAAAUACAAAAACUUAAAAUUACCUUAUCAUUUUAUGCCUUGUCAAACUAUGUAUCAGUAUUUGAAUGGGGUUAAAAAAAUAAAUAACAGGACAGGGGCCUGGGGAGGUUCCACACUUUAACAUUUAGCUGAAAGUAUUUUUGUGUUUAUAGCAACAUUUUGAAUGUUCUCUACAUUGAAUUUUACUUGCCUGUGUUAACUUCUUCCAUCCCUGCUUAUAUGUUUUCAUGCAAAAUUAUUGUUUGCCCAAACAAUAAUUUUGCAUGACAACAUAUGAGCAGGGAUGGAAGAAGUUCGUUUAGAGAAAAUAGCUUAAAUUCCCUGUGAAAUGAAGCAACACAGGUGUAGGCUACAAUCAUGACCGAAGGCAGUAAGAAAAGAUAACUCACAUUCCCUGGCGGAACUUCACAGUGUGACACCCAGCGGAAAUAAACAAUGAACACGCGCGAAAAGCGUUAGUGUGGAGCUAGCUUGAAGAUGACGGUGUAGUCGUAUCGCAGAUAAAUAUUUCAGUGGUAACUAAGCAACAAUGUCUUCAGUUCAGUAUUUGAGAGAGUUUUUCAACGAGCGACUAACUGCUGCUGCUGAAGAAAUAUUCGGAGUCUUUGAACAAACUAUCGUCGAGUACGAGGAAGAGAUCGAUCGUCAGCGCAGACUGCUGGAUAUCGUUUGGAAACCCGAGAUAAAGCUACACAGGACAGAGCUCCCACAGCAACAUGUCUGUAAGGAGGAGGAGGUUUUCACUGACCAGCAGCUCUGUGACCAGGAGAGGAACUCCAGUCUGGACCAGGAGGACCCAGAGCCUCCACAGAUUAAAGAGGAAGAGGAGGAACUCUGCACCAGUCAGGAGGGAGAGCAGCUUGUACUGAAGCAGGAGACUGAUACCUUUAUGUUGACUCCUACUAAUGAGGAAAGUGACCACCAGCUCCUCUUUCACAACUCUCCUGUCGCUGAGAGCCAAGAUCAGGAAGGAAGUAAGCAUGUAGACCCAGAAUCAAAGAGUCAGUGUAACACUCAGACGGAUAAAAAGUCUUUAAAAUGUCACACUUGUGGAAAAGCAUUUAAGUAUGAAUCCAAAUUGAAUGUACAUCUUAGAAUCCACACAGGUGAAAGGCCAUACCUUUGCAACACAUGUGGGAAAAGAUUCAGUCAGACAUCAGCAUUGAAAAGUCAUGUUAGAAUCCACACAGGUGAGAGGCCGUUUGUUUGCAACACCUGUGGGAAAGGUUUUACAGAUAGCAGUAACUUGUUGCUCCACACAAGAAUCCACACAGGUGAGAGGCCGUAUGUUUGCAAGACCUGUGGGAAAGGUUUUAGAAGUAGCAGUAAAUUGUUGCUCCACACAAGAAUCCACACAGGUGAGAGGCCGUAUGUCUGCAACACCUGUGGGAAAGGUUUUAGAAGUAGCAGUAAAUUGUUGCCUCACAUGAGAAUCCACACAGAUGAGCGGCCAUAUGUCUGCAACACCUGUGGGAAAGGUUUUAGAAUUAACAGUAAAUUGUUGAUUCACAUGAAGACCCACACAAGUGAGAGGCCAUACGUUAUGUUGACUAAUACCAAUGAGGAAAGUAAACCAGAACCAAACAGCAACCACCAGCUCCUCUCUCACAACAAGCCAAGAUCAGAAAGGAAACGAGCAUGUAGAUCCAGAAUCAAAGAUUCACUGUAACACUCAGACGGAUAAAAGGCAUUUAAGUAUGAGUCCAAUUUGAAUGUACAUCUGAGAAGACACACAGGUGAGAGGCCAUACCUUUGCAGCACCUGUGGGAAAAGGUUCAGUCAGGCAUCAACAUUGAAAAAUCAUGUCAGAAUCCACACAGGUGAGAAGCUGUAUUCUUGCAAAACAUGUGGGAAAGGUUUCAGAAGUAGCAGUAGCUUGUUGGUCCACAUGAGAACCCACACAGGUGAGAAACCAUAUUCGUGUAAAAUAUGUGGGAGAGCUUUCAAGCGUAACAGUGUCUUGAAACCUCAUGAGUAUCCACACAGGUGAGAAAUAUGUGUGACUAGUUUUUAAAAAAUUUUUAUGUAGUAAUCACUUGAAAGUCCAAUUGAGAAGUCACACACGUGAGAAGCCGUACACCUGCAACACCUGUGGGAAAAGAUUCAGUCAGACAUCAUCACCGAAUGUGCAAAGGAGAAACCAUCAAGAUGAAACUCGUGUGGAGAAGAGUUCACCAAGUGUAUGAAAUAUACUUAUGUAAUUGAAUGUACAUUUCCCACAGAGAAGAGGUCACAGUAUCUUAGUUUAAUGUUGGAAAAAUCUUUGUUGAACAGUGAGUGUGUUGUUCCUACACGUGUAAGUGAUUGACCUGUUAAAUAUUCUUUGUAACUAGUUUCACACUACCUCAGUUAUCCUGUCAUCCUGCCAGUCUUUACUUUUUUGUCUAAAACAUGUCCUUUCAUUUUGUAGUUUUAUGUAUUUUUUUUAAAGUUACCUUUUGCCUUUAUUCCAAUAGCACAGUGAGGGAGAGGAUGACAGCAGCAAAGGGGCCAGGGGUCGUACUCGAACCCGGGCUGCUUCUGUUAGGACUAAGCCUAUGUGUUAUGCAUGCUAACAGAUCAGACACUUGGACACCCCAGUCUUAUGUAUAUUGUGAUUACAUCAACUUCAUUUAAUUUUUUAUGUUUUUGGACUCAAGUGAUGACAGAAUACAAAUGGGAGAUGAUGUACUCUAUGAUUUUGUAAAAGUUGCCAUAUAAAUAAACUGAAUUACUUUUGACAAAGAAAACUGUCAUGAUAAACACAAUGGUUUUCUGUGGUUCUGGUUGUGGAAAGGGGUAUUUUUAUUUAUUUAUUUUUUAUAAACUAGCCAAUAA